CCCGUGUACUCCACCGGCUCCCUGUUGAGUUUGCAACUGAGAAGGGACUGGGAGUUCGCCAGCCGAGAGCGUAGCUCUGCAGAGUUACCCUACGUCAGUUCCUCGCUCGACUUCGUGAAAUGUCACUAAGUUUUGAGUGUUCUUUCUGUUCCUGUAAGGAUUUCUUGCCGGCUCGUUCAUUUCCUCUGGCUUGUGUUUUCCGGGUUCUGCCUCUCAGUGGAUGUCGAUGCUUCCUGUGUUUGUCAGUUAGGCUGCAGCGACUGGGGCAGAGAGAGAGAUUCACCAUGAACUGACAGCGCCGAGGUGACCCUCCGACUGCUCGCCCAGGUGGAGGCGAGGGGAGGGGGAUGGGGAGGCGCAUUUGAACAACUUUUCAGUCGUGUUGAAGGAUCAAAGUGGCCCGAAGAUGGCUCGAGACUUUCCAGCCAAGAGCCUCGAUAACAUUGAUCUGUCCUGCUUGCGGGAUCCUGCGGGAAUAUUUGAGUUGGUUGAAGUGGUUGGCAAUGGGACCUACGGCCAAGUCUACAAGGGGCGUCAUGUGAAGACAGGACAACUAGCAGCCAUUAAGGUCAUGGAUGUCACAGAGGAUGAAGAAGAGGAAAUUAAGCUGGAGAUUAAUAUGCUGAAGAAGUAUUCACAUCACAGGAACAUUGCAACAUAUUACGGAGCUUUCAUUAAAACAAAUCCAUCCAAUCAUGAAGAUCAGCUCUGGCUAGUAAUGGAGUUCUGUGGAGCAGGUUCUGUCACUGACCUGGUCAAGAAAACCAAAGGCAACAGCUUGAAGGAAGACUGGAUAGCAUACAUCUGCCGGGAAGUUCUUCGGGGAUUGGCCCAUCUUCACUCUCAUCAUGUCAUCCACCGUGACAUCAAAGGACAGAAUGUGUUAUUGACCGAGAAUGCAGAAGUAAAGCUCGUUGAUUUUGGAGUCAGUGCCCAACUGGACAGGACCAUGGAGAAGCGGAAUACUUUUAUUGGGACACCUUACUGGAUGGCACCGGAAGUGAUAGCAUGUGAUGAAAAUGCGGAUUCCACGUAUGAUUACAGAAGUGACCUGUGGUCUUUGGGAAUCACAGCAAUUGAAAUGGCAGAAGGAGCUCCCCCUCUCUGUGACAUGCAUCCCAUGAGAGCACUCUUUCUCAUCCCACGAAACUCUCCUCCCAAAUUGAAGUCAAAGAAAUGGUCAAAGAGAUUUAUGAACUUUGUAGAAACCUGCCUGGCAAAAAACUAUUUGCACCGACCCGCCACUGAAGCCCUACUGAAACACUCAUUCAUCCGUGACCAGCAAAAUGAGCGGCAGGUCCGCAUUAUGCUGAAAGACCACAUCGACAGGACCAGGAAGAAGAAGAGUGAGAAAGAUGAGACUGAAUAUGAAUACAGUGGAAGUGAAGAAGAUGAUGAUGGACUGAAUGAAGAUGAAGGAGAGCCAAGCUCCAUUGUAAACCAGCCCGGAGAGUUAACCCUGCGACGAGAGUUUCUGCGGCUGCAGCAGGAGAGCUCGAGCCGCUCAACGUCCCAGCAGCAGCAGCAGCAGCUGCUCCAGCAGCAGAUGCGGGACCAGGAGCAGUACAAGAAGCACCUGCUGGCUGAGAGGCAGAAGCGGAUUGACCAGCAGAAGGAGCAAAGGAGGUGGCUGGAAGACCACCACAAGAGGGAAGAGGAGCAGCGAAGGCAGCAGGACAGUGCGAAGAAGCCUGAGCUGAAGGAAAGGCACAGAAAAGACCAGAGGAGUAGAGGAGAGGAGGAAAGGAGGUGGGCAGAGGAGGAGAGGUGGAAGCUAGUGGAAGGGAGAAGGAAAGCUGAGACAAAGCAGGCAGACGGUCUUUCAGAAUCUUGGAUGAAUGAAAGCUCCAAAGUAAUGGAUCUUCGUCAACAGCAGGGAGCAGAAAGACAGAAGAAAAUGGACGAUGGUUUAGCUCUAUUACACAAUAAACUGGGCAAGACUGGUCCUGGGCCCCCUGUACCUGCACACUGUGACUCCGCAAAUGGAGGCAGAGCAAGUCACAACAACUCAGCUCUGAAAAGGCCCACAGACUUACAGGAUUUGAACCCGGAAGUAUUUAGAAAGCAACUCUCCAGCGCCAUUUCCAUCACAGAUGUGGGUUUGCUGCCGACAUCGCCUGAACCAGACGAUGUGUUUUGGGAAGAUGGAGUGCCACCUCCCAAGGUUCCUGAAAGAACUGUGUCUAAAUCCUACAGCAAAGAUCAAAUAAACAUUCAUCCUAGUCAGAAAAAUACUUUCAGCAGCUUUGAAAUGCAGUCCCAGUGGGAGAGGGUGGAGAGCCCACUAGCCAAGCAUGUAACAGGCAAUUCCCCCAGCAACAGUUCACAUACAGGAGUUCAAUCUAGUUCCAGGACAGCAUCGGCACCUGUUCUAAGUUCAUCCAACUCAAGUUACAAGCAGCAGAGCAGGAGAUGUGAAGAGAAAAGGAGUGUUCCCAUUUCCAGACAUCGCACGGAGGAGAUCACAUCAAGCAGAGGAAAGGCUGGCUCCACCCCCUUCUUCAAGGCAACAGAUUACUCCUCAUCAAGUGAUGAAAUUGGUAGUACUGAUGAAGAUGAUGAACUGAGCCUCAACAGAAUAGAACCUUUACAAGGCAGAUCCAGGCAAGCUGCCAAAUUAAACAUCAAGGACAUGCAGUGCACCAGCACAAAGGUUUCAGAUGGGAUUGAGCUGCAGCCACACAGCACCUUGAAUGAAGAGCAGAGCGUAGCAGGGCAGGAGUGUAGCAGAAGGCAUGAAUGCCCAGGUCUCCUCAGUCCGAUACAGCACCUCCCAGACCUGCUCCAGCAAAGCCACUCCACCAACACCUCGGCUGACCAGCAGGAAUCGGGGCACACCCUCCACAACGAGAUUACAGCUGACCAGGGUCAAUCGGUGGAAAGCCCACAGCCUAAAGGUAGUUCUUCAUCUUCCUCUUCCUUCACGUCAUUCAUCGACCCCAGACUCCUGCAGAUAUCUCCGUCCAGUCCUACAGGAACACCAGCAGGCAGUAAAUCUGAGCCUCUCCGAAGAGACAGUGCAAGAAAAGGAUCAGUUGUGAAUGUCAAUCCAACGAAUAUACGGCCGCAGAGCGAUACACCAGAAAUCCGCAAGUACAAGAAGAAAUUUAAUGCCGAGAUACUUUGUGCUGCUUUAUGGGGAGUUAAUCUGCUGGUGGGUACCGAGAAUGGGCUGUGGCUACUGGACAGAAGUGGACAAGGCAAGGUUUAUUCCCUGAUCACCCGAAGACGCUUCCAGCAAAUGGACGUAUUGGAAGGACUGAAUAUCCUCAUCACCAUAUCAGGGAAAAAGAACAAGCUGAGAGUUUACUACUUGUCGUGGCUGAGAAACAAGAUCCUCCAUAACGAUCCCGAAGUGGAGAAGAAGCAAGGCUGGGUGCCGGUUGGUGAUCUGGAAGGUUGCGUCCACUACAAAGUUGUUAAAUAUGAAAGGAUAAAAUUCCUAGUGAUUGCUCUGAGGAAUUCUGUUGAAGUCUAUGCGUGGGCUCCAAAACCAUAUCACAAAUUUAUGGCAUUUAAGUCUUUCUCAUCUCUCCGACAUAAACCACUGGCAGUGGAUCUCACAGUUGAGGAAGGUCAGAGGCUGAAAGCAAUCUAUGGAUCCACGUCGGGAUUCCACGGCAUUGACGUUGACUCGGGAACAGUUUACGACAUCUACCUUCCGACUCACAUUCAAGGAAGUAUUCAGCCACAUGCCAUCAUCAUCCUUCCAAACACGAACGGAAUGGAGCUGCUGAUUUGCUAUGAGGAUGAAGGGGUCUACAUAAAUACCUAUGGACGGAUCACCAAAGAGACAGUCAUGCAGUGGGGAGAGAUGCCCAACUCAAUUGCCUACAUCGAGUCAAAUCAUAUCAUGGGUUGGGGAGAGAAAGCAAUAGAGCUCCGUUCUGCGGAGAAUGGACGGCUCGAGGGAGUGUUUAUGCACAAGAAAGCACAGAAACUGAAGUUCCUGUGUGAAAGGAACGACAAGGUGUUCUUUGCCUCAGCCCCAUCUGGUGGAAGCAGUCAGAUUUAUUUUAUGACACUUGGUCAGAACUCUCAUUUGAACUGGUAGCCCCUGGGAGUCCUGAACACACGUUCUGUGUGUGUUGGAUUGCACUGACGUGAUCAUUUCUAUGUACUCACACCACACUGGCUCUCAACUAACAGUGCCAGCUACAUCCAUUACAACCAAUGACACAUCUUGGAAUAAGAGUCUGUCAUCUGUUCGACAAUAACUAAAACUGUUUUCUGUAAUUCUACUGAUUUAUAUAUAUAGUAUCUAUGUUAUUGGAAAAGGUCAGGUUGCUGUAGCAACCAGACAAUGCAUUACUGUAAUGUUAAGUGAAAAGAUAGCUCAGUGUACCAGCUGUGAGCAGAUAUAUACAUAUGUGCACAAGCCUUUUGCACAAUCACGUCUUUGUGGUUUACCUCCCCAACAAGUGAUUCAGCAGUUCACCCCAGUAUUUUGUAUAUUCAGUAUAAAUGGGUUUUAUGAUGGUAGUGCUAAUAUUAAGACAAUUAAUGUACUGUACUUUAUGUGAAAAUAAUUCUCUAGCAAAGCACCUUUUUUCAAAAUGGCUUUCUGCCACUUCUGAUAUUUGGAGAAGUGCGUUUGCCUGACUUUGGACAAUGUUUAAGCAGGAUGGUUAAUCGGUUAAUCAGUUCCAGGCACUCAAUGAGUUAGACUUUGAGUAGAAAUCAUUUGGGUAGAAAACAGAUGUAAGAACAAAAAAGAGGCAAUUAUUCAGACCCUUGAGCUAGUUCCACUAUAGAAUGAGAUCACAGCUAAUCUACUCCAUAACUCCACUUUCCUGCCUUUGCACCAUCUGCCUUGAUAUCCUGACAGAACUCAUGACAUUGCCCCUGACUUUUGGUGCAGAAAGUUCCGAAUCUCUGCCUUUCAAUGGGAAGAGUUCUUCCUGAUUUUGCUGCUGAAUGUUGAUAGAAAAUAGGUCUUGGAGCAGAUCAUUCAUUUCCUUUCAGUACUUAAAUGUGUUUCUUUAUAUUCAUUCAUGGGGUGUGGGUAUCAUUGACAAGAUUAUGUCCCUUUAUUCUUGAAGUUCCCCCAACACUGCAAAUACUUCCUCCAUGAACAGCCAAUAUUAUUUUAAACACCUCAGCCCGGUUUUGCUGAUCAACCAGUAGACAUUAAUUUUGUCAAGUCUCAGCUGCAGCUAAUCAAGCCCCAUAUUAGGGCACCAGGUUAACAACCUUCCCUGAAAAGGUUUCAGUAUCUAAUCUACCAUUUUCCUGACAUUUUCUCAGGUCCAAUUUAAAUUGGAUUUCUGUGUAAAUUCUCCCACGCAAAGGAUUAAAAUAAAUCUGGAUAAUAAAAGUUUAGUCUGAUGGGUGAUGAAGUCAUUUGAAAAGUGCAGAAGAAUUCACUGCUGAAUCCCUUUGCAAAACGAGGAGAAGCUUUCAUUUCAGCUGAAGCAAGUCAAAGCUAAAUUCCUCACCAGUGAGAUAGGGUUUCAACAAACUAUCUCACUGCUGUCCAAGAGUUAAGAAUGAACUGUGAAAUAAUUCCUUAUAUUUCAUACUGCUUGAGAUGCAGGAAACAGUGAUGUGUGUGUGUGCAUGUCUGUGUGUCAAUGUGUAUACUUGGUGUUUGUGUGUGUUCAGUGUGCAUUUGUAUCUUGCGUGUGUAUGUGUGUCUUUGUGUAUGCGUCUGUGUUGUGUAUGUAUCUGUACACAGACACACACAAACAAAAACAGAAAUACAAAUAGACGAGACACAUGCUAAACACACACACAUGCAAAGACACACACUUGUAAAGACACACACACAUGCACACACACACGCACACACACACACACACACACACAUAUUUACACGCACACACACGCGCACAGACACACACACGCACACACACACGGACAUGCACACACACACAGACAUACACACACAGACUGGGUAAGGAGGCUGAUUUCCUCUCCUAAGUACAUUAGUGAACCAGGACAAGUUUUAUAACAAUCUAGUAGCUUUAUGAUCAUCAUUACUGAUACCAGCUUUUUAUUUAAUGAACUUUAAUUCCCCAUCUUUUAAACCCCUAUCUCUGGAUCAUUGGUGAGACCCCUAGAUUACUGUCCAAUAAUAUAAUCACUGUGUAAACAUAAUCUUUUGAUUAAUGUUUUGAUAUUGUACUGAUAAAAUCAAGAGUUUGCAGUGUUCCCAAAUCUACAGUGAUCAUUCCAUAGAUGUGAAAGUAACAUUCUCAUAUUCAGCAGGACAAGUCCAGGAACAGCAAAUGCCAUCACUUCUUUGGAUGUGUUUACCGACAUUCCUACGUGAUAAUUAGUUCUAAUUUGGAUGUUGAAAUUAUCCAAAAAUCUCCAAAAAAAAGCACUUUCUGAUGUUUCUUUUUUAAAAAAAAUGAACAAGACCUCUGUGUGUCUCAGAAGCCAUCCCACACUUGUGUUUGAAUCAUGGGAGUUGCUGAAAAUAUAUUCCCGAUUCCUUUGCAUUUUAAAAUAAGGUUCAGGUUAAAACAAGUGGCUUUAUGUCUGUCUGCUAUUUCCCCUCCUCCCCAGCUUCCCAUCCCAUCCAAAACACUGUCACUGUUCAGUAGACUCCUGACCUGAUUAGCCAGUCACAACGAGCUUGAAUCUUUUCCUUCACACUUUAGCUACACAUCUAAAAUCAGCAGAGUUGUUUAUAAUACUCCCUUGGGAGAAAGUGCAGGAAGAGUUCAACAAAAGAGAGGAAAAUGAGCAAAGCACCAGAGAGGAAAGCAAGAGAGCGAGCAGAUAUAGAAAGAAAUGAGCAGUGAAAAAUGAGAGAGUGCAAAAAAGAGAAGAGAGGAAAGCUGAGCGAGAAUGAGGUGUGCAGACACAGAAAGUGAAAGGAGGGAAUGAAGAAGUGGGAAGGAAAAUGAACAGGGAGAAAUAAACAAGCAAAGGGAGAGAGAAGGAAAUGAGCCAGGAGGCACAUCAGGGAAGCCGGAUGAGAAGCCAAGUGAAAAGAAGCGGAGGUUAAGAAAUGAAAGAAUGUGGAAUACAAGGAGCGAGAAAGUCAGCUCAAUCUACAAAAAUAAUCUUUGCAUCAUAAUUCAAGGGGUUUUGUAAUCCAAAAGAAGCAGAGACUCUCUGGGCAGGUCCUGGUGGAUUGGAAGACAGCAAAUGUCACACCACUGUUUAAAAAAGGAUGCAGGUAAAAGGCAGGUAAUUACAGUUAGCUUAACGUCCGUAGUUGGGAAAAUGCUUGAAAUUAUCAUUAAAGAAGAAAUAGCGAGACAUCUGGAUAGAAGUGGUUCCAUCAGGCAGACACAGCAUGGAUUCAGGAAGGGCAGGUCCUGUUUGACAAACUUACUGGAGUUCUUUGAGGAUAUAAUGAGCGCAGUGGAUAGGGGGGAAAGGUGGAUGUUGUAUACUUGGAUUUCCAGAAGGUGUUCGAUAAGGUGCCGCAUAAAAGACUUAUCCAUAAGGUACGGAUGCAUGGAGUUGGGGGUAAUGUAUUAGCAUGGAUAGAGGAUUGGUUAACCAAUAGAAGGCAGAGAGAUGGGAUAAAUGGGUCUUUCUCUGGUUAGCAAUCAGUGGUGAGUGGGGUGCCACAGGGACCCGCAACUGUUCAUGAUAUACAUUAACGAUUUGGAAGGGGGACCCAGUGUAGCGUAUCUAAGUUUGCUGUUGACACUAAAUUGAAUGGAAAAGCAAAUUGUGCAGAGGAUGCGGAGAGUCUGCAGAGAGACAUAGAUAGGUUAAGUGAGUGGGAAAGGGUCCGGCAGAUGGAGUACAAUGUUGGUAACUGUGAAGUCAUCCACUAUGGAAGGAAAAAUAGAAGGUCAGAUUAUUAUUUAAAUUGUGAAAGAUUGCAGCAUUCUGUUGUGCAGAGGCACUUGGGAGUGCUUGUGCAUGAAUCGCAGAAGGUUGGUUUGCAGAUGCAAUGGGUUAUCAAGAAGGCAAAUAGAACGUUGGCCUUCAUUGCUAGAGCGAUUGAAUUUAAGAGCAGGUAGGUUAUGCUGCAACUGUACAGGGUGCUGGUGAGGCUGCACCUGGAGUAUUGCGUGCAGUUCUGGUCUCCUUACUUGAGGAAUGAUAUACUGGCUUUGGAAGCGGUGCAGAGGAGGUUCACCAGGUUGAUUCCGGAGAUGAGGGGGUUAGCCUGUGAGGAGAGAUUGAGUCACCUGGGACUAUACUCACUGGAAUUCAGAAGAAUGAGAGGGGAUCUUACAGAAACAUAAAAUUAUGAAAAGGAUAGAUACGAUAGAGGCAGGAAGUUUGUUUCCACUGGUAGGCGAAACUAGAACUAGGGGACAUAGCCUCAAGAUUCAGGGGAAUAGAUUUAGGACAGAGAUGAGGAGAAACUGCUUUUCUUAGAGAGAAGUAAAUCUGUGGAAUUCUCUGCCCAGGGAAGCAGUAGAGGCUACCUUAUUAAAUAUAUUUAAGACACAGUUGGAUAGAUUUUUGCAUAGUAGGGGAAUUAAGGGUUAUGGGGAAAAGGCAGGUAGGUGGAUCUGAGUCCAUGGCCAGUCAGCCAUGAUCUUAUUGAAUGGUGGAGCAGGCUCGACGGGCCAGAUGGCCUCGCCCUGCUCCUGUUUCUAAUGUUCUUAAAAGUUUGACCCAGUAGCACUAAUUUACUGCACAUUCUAUUAACACUCAAUGCAAGGGAGUUCAUUCCCAUCAAUCUUCCGAACAGCGAGUGCAGGGAAUGAAAUAAUAUUUGGCUCUUUUGAUUGAUGAUGAAGGGCAAAGUGCUUUAUAAAUGUAAAACAAAUUUACCCUGAUAGGGGGAUCACAUUAAGCUAGUGAGGGCAAAACAUCCCAGGAAAUGUCUGGUCGAAUUUCCAAAGUGGUGUGGAGUGACUGAAAAAAGGCUCCUGUCGCCUUUCGCUAUGGGGAAACUCAGUGUCCUGCCACUGCUGUGGAGAGGGAAGGGAAUGUUCUGACUUUGAGAGAUAGUGUAAAAUGAGCGAUAAUGGCUGAGCCAUUGGUUGUACAUCCCUCAGCUUGUCACUUCCAAUGAUCUCCAUUGUAAAACUCCGUACUUUGGGCAAAAUGCAAGAAGGUUUUGAGGAACUUGUUUUUCCUAACUCUGUCUGUGAUGCAAGCCACUUAACUUUUUAAAAACAUUUGCAUAGAAAUUUGAUCAUAUGCCAUUAUGUGACUGAAAGUGGUCUCUUCCCAGAAUGGAAUAUAGUAGCUAAUGCUUCGGGAUAGUUUGUGGUCACUUUUACGAAUCCGACACAAUUCCCUGAGGCUCAACAAGUGACUACCACUGGUCAACCAUUGCACUGUACUGGAUUGGAGCCCCAUCUAGCUACAUACCAUUACUUACUUCUAUCAACUGACAACCCCCUACGGUUCUGAAACCUUUCAUUCAUCAAUCUCACUUCCAGACACAUCCCUGGUUACCCCAGACACUGACCUGCUCUGUUAUCCUUGGCUGAAACCGGAAUUGCUCUGACUGUAAACCCAGACCCCACCCAAUCUGCCAAGCCCAAACUCUACAACACCCAGAAUACCAAACCCCAAAACUCCUUGGUGAAGGUCCCAAACCUCACACACCCCCAACUGACCUCAGUGGUCAAACCCAACCCCACCACCAUGCUGUGAUCAUCUGAUGUCUACAUUCCACCUCAGUACCUGAUCGAUGAAACCUCCUUCUAUUUCCCCCUCCCCACCAUCCCCCUCCCAACCCUCCGAAUCUAGACCCAUUUAAGGUUGGGGUUUAAUUCCCCUUUUGCAGUGUGGAGUCCCUGAGAGAAAAUAUGUCACACUGAUUCAGUGGAGCCAGCAAAUGGGGCCACAGUGCUUCUGAGGUUUAUAGCUGGGAUCCCAUGACUGAAGCAGUCAAUGGUGCCUCAUGACACAGCUAUAAAAUGCAAUAUUCACAACAAUCUCCAAUUUCUGAACAAUUGUGACGAUACAUUGCAUAACUGUAGAAAAAGAUAGCACUUGUUCAUUGUACUCACUGCAAGAGUACUCACUGUUCAAAAUAGUCUACAGUUCUGACCACAGUUAGCAUCUGCAGAUCUUACUGGUGAGGGUAAAACUUAUUAUAUCUACUAAUACACUGGAAAUUGCUUAACAAUAUUGUAAGUGACCAAGCACAUUCAGUAGUCUUAAAACAGAAAGUGUUCAGACAGCAUCUAUAGAGAGAGGAAGUAGAGCUCCUGUUUCAUGCAGAUGACCUAUCAGCAGAUGUGCAGGGCAGGUUUUUUACACAGAGAGUGGUGGGUGCCUGGGAUGCGCUGCCAGGGUUGGUGGUGGAGGCAAAUAUGAUAGGCACGUUCAAGAAACUCUUAGAUAGGCACAUGAAUGUGAGGAAAAUGGUAGGAUAUGGACAUUGUAUAGCCAGAAGGGAUGAGCUUAGUUGUGCAUCUUAUUACCAACAUAAUUGGUUCGGCACAACAUUGUGGGCCGAAGGGCCUGUUCCUGUACUGUAUUAUGUUCUAAAUGGAAAAUGAAAAAAAACACACGAGUUUUGUUGCAGAGAGGACAAGCAAUGGAAUUGGAAUUGGUUUAUUAUUGUCACUUGUACCGAGGUACAAUAAAAAACUUGUCUUGCAUACUGUUCAUACAGAUCAAUUCAUUACACAGUGCAUUGAGGUAGUACAGGGUAAAAACAAUAACAGAAUACAGAAUAAAGUGUCACAGCUAUAGAGAAAGUGUAAGGCAGGUAGACAAUAAGGUGCAAGGUCAUAACGAGGUAGAUCGUGAGGUCAACAGUCCAUCUUAUCGUACUGGAGUAUCACAAUGGAGAAAACAAGGGGGAUGUCUUUGACAGGGUGGAAACUAAGGUUGCCCAGGUGACAUGAUGAGAGGCAUAGACAGGGUAGAUAGUCAGACUUUUUGCUCUCCAGAAUGGAAAUGUCAAAUACUAGAGAACAUAGCUUUCAGGGGGGGAAAGUUUAAAGAUUUAUGUGGCAUUUUUACACACAGAGUGUGGUGGGUGCCUGGAAUGGGCUGCCAGGGGUGGUGGUGGAAGUCGAUAUGAUAGCUUCGUUUAAGAGGUGUUUGGACAGGCACAUGAACAGGCAGGGAGUGGAGGGAUGGAGACCACAUGCAGACAGGUGUACAGCUUAAUUUGGUGUCAUGGUCAGCACAGACAUUGUGGGCUACACUCCAGGGCCUGUUCCUGUGCAGUAGUGUUCUAGGUUCUAUGAACGCACCGCUGAUCUGUCUGAAGGAUGUGUGGAUAGAGGGAGAAGAGUGUGGGCUUUAGAGAGCAGAAGCAACACUGGAACUAUGAGACUGGGAAAACUGGAAAUCAGAAAUAACAGUGAAUGCUGGACACCUCAGUAGGUCAGGCAGCAUCUAUGGGCAGAGAAAAAUCAAGUUAAUGUGACAGGCAGAUGAUUUUACCUGAGAAAUAGCCAUUUCUGAAACAUGCAGGAAAGGCUGGUUAUCUGAAAUGGUUGAAUUCAAUAUUGUGUCUACUGGAUCAAUAAAGAGUCUUUAAAUGGUAUUUUAGUGGAGACAUAAACUAUUACACAUUAAAAGAGUUAACGCCUAUAUUUAAUAGUUGAGAGAAUGUAGAUCUUUUUACAAAAUAUCUUCCCACCUCUAAUUUCAGAGCUAAUAUUGUUCAACUACGUAGUGUAUUAGACUUUAACACCCAGUGUAAGUGACAUGCAGACUUGCCCCAGAUCCAUUUGGCAAAGAUGAGGUACCCCAUUUCAAAUCCCAGGGACAAAUCAUUGACCUACGAGAUGAGAUUAUGUAGAAUAGGCCCACUUCCUCCAGAGUUUGGAAAGGCAAGAAGUGUUUCAUUCUGAGUGAGGUUGACUGAGUCUGUUUCCUUUGGGUGGAGCAAUAGAAAUCCUUUACCCAGAAGGCUAUGGAUCUUUGGACUUCCCAGCCUCAUUGGGUUCAAUUGAUUUUUAGACACUGAGGGGUUCCAGAUAUGGGGUUUGGAUGGGAAAGUGGAUGUAAGAUGGAGGUUCAGAGAGAAAUCAAGGGACAUGUGGUUAGCACAGGCAAGUUGUGCUGAGAUUAAAAGAAUCAGAUUUAAUAGUGGAUCAGGGAUGAGGGACAUACUCCUGUUUCUACUACUGAUGGUCUUAUGGUGGACCAGGGGACUUAGGCCGACCCCCCACUCCUGUUUCCUCUAUCGGUAACUGGGGCUGAUCACUUUGUCCGCAAGGACAAUUCUCUGGUUCCUACCCAAUCCACCAAAUGGCCAAAAGUCAUUUGUUUCUCCUCCCCACCGUUCCAUUGCCAGGGUCAACUGACCCAUAUCUUGGUGAUGGGUUGAAGCCUUCAAAAGGAAUCAGAGGCACAUCUCAACCAGCUUGAAUCUUGCACGAAAGCAUUUCAUGGGCAGAAAUGGAGGAACAAUCCAUUAUGUCCAAGAAGUUCCACUCCCAACUCUCUCCAGCCCCUGAACCACAGCAUGGAUAUGUGGGAGAAGGAUAGAAUUCCCAUUCACAUCCCCCACCCCAGACUGGACAUAACGGCCUUCUCUAAAUGCAGCACUAUUGAGAUUCACUUUUAUCUUUUCAGCCCAAGAAUUUUAAGGCCUGUGAUUACUUGAGAAAUAAUCAAUCAACAUGGAUGAAGAUUUUUUGUUUAAAUUACACUUUUUCAUGAAUGUUUUAAAUGUGAUUAAAAUUGUUACAAGUAUCAAUAAAUUUGCUGAGUCAAGUGUU